UCCAUCGAAUUCUCCGUUAAAUGUUAGUUGGUUCAUUCGAACAAUGAAAAUCAUUUACUCCGAGACCUACUCACUCCUCAUCGACACUUACAUCAAGGAUCCACCCAGCGCGAACAUCUUUUUGACACCAAUACUGGCAGCUUUCCGUCUUCUUUUCUCGCUCUCGUCCACCAGCCGAGGAUUUGCUGCCAAUGCUGGCGGCUUCGGUGCGUUUUUUUUUGCCCUUGGACUCUACUUGAUUGGCGCUUAUAGAACCCUUCAUUAGCA